ACAUGCAUUUGUUCCUUGGAAUCCCCUUCCUACUCUCUACCCGUUCCCAUUGUCAACUGGGUGGUGUUGAGAUGGAUAGCAAUGUGUGUUGUUUAGUUCAGCUAAUUCAGCCGACCUGAGGAUUGAGCCGAGCCGAUCCGAGGAACAGCUCGUGUUCACUCUCCGUCUUGUUUCUGUGUGAUUCCUUUCGUCCCAAUCGCUCUCUACUCCCUGUAGUGCUAUUCCGAACCAAAUUAGGGUUAGGGUUUUCACUCAAACCAUGUCAGUUGACAAAGCCAAGCUCCUCUGCAACUUUAAUUCGCUCACCGUCUCGCCAAACUCAGCUAUGGAGCUCAAACCCACCACUGUUAUCAAAACUACUAAAUCGUAACAUGUGCCUUGAAUCAAAACCUCUGUGUGUGUGUAUAUACAGAUAUUGAACCUGAAAGUAAUGAAACGAGCUAGUGGCUGUGAUUAACAUCUUCCGAGCAAGAGAGAGAAUGUAGCUACUGCUGAUGAUGAUGGUGAUUUCCGGUGCAGCUUAUGCUGUUUCGAGAAAAGCGGCUUUUGCUAUUCAAAAUGGUAAUUUUCCUCGUUUAUUCUUGUUGAUACAUCCAAUUGCUUCGGUUAGGUUGUGCUCUCAAUCUUCAAUUGCUAUUACUAACCAAAGAGAUUCGAAGCGUCGAACCCAAACCCAAUUCGGCAAAUCUUUUAGUGAUAAAUGCAAGUCUGGUUUCUCUAAUCUUGAUGAUGCCCUAACUUUAUUCAACAACAUGCUUCAAACGAAACCCAUUCCAUCCAUUGUGUGUUUCAAUCAGCUUUUAGGGUCCUUGGCUAAAAUGAAGCAUUAUUGGACCGUGAUUUCUCUGUUUAAAAGGAUGGAUUCAUCUGGAGUGAUCGUCAUCAAACCUGAUCUUUUUUCGCUGAACAUUGUUGUUAAUUGUUUCUGCCACUUAAAUCGGCUUGGCUUUGCUUUCUCUGUGUUAGGGAAAAUCUUCAAACUCGGGUUUGAACCUAGUUAUGCCACCUUCACUACUCUGAUCUGUGGGCUUUUUGCUGACGGUCAAAUGGACAAAGCAGUGAAGUUUGUUGAUGAAAUUGUAAGUAUAGGUUUCCAACCUAAUCACAUUACUUAUGGAACUUUAAUUAACGGAUUAUGCAAAACUGGAAGGAGGAAGUCCGUCUGACAUAAUGCAUUACAACACCAUCAUCCACAGCCUCUGCCAGGAAGGACAUUCGGUUACUUAAGAAGAUGGAAGGAGGAAGUCCGUCUGACAUAAUGCAUUACAACACCAUCAUCCACAGCCUCUGCCAGGAAGGACUGGUAACGGAGGCUUUGAAGUUCUUUUCAGGAAUGGUCGAUAAGGGCAUUUCACCAACUGUGGUCUCGUACAACUGUUUGAUUCAAGGCACAUGUUAUUUAGGCCAGUGGAAAGAAGCUACCAGGUUGUUGAAUGAGAUGGUGGAGAGGCAAAUUGCACCUAAUUUGAGAACCUUUACUAUUUUGGUUGAUGGACUUUGUAAAGAAGGAAUGGUUGGGGAAGCACAAGUUGUAGUUGAAUCAAUGAUUCAACGAGGUGAGGAACCUGAUGUCUUCAUUUACAAUGCACUGAUGGAUGGGUACUGUUCGGGAGGCCAAAUGAACAAGGCUCUAGAAGUGUUUGAUGUUAUGGUUGCCAGGAAUUGUGCACCUAAUAUAGUUAGUUGUAACAUCUUGAUUGAUAGAUACUGUAAGAGUUACCGGAUUAAUGAAGCCACCUGUCUCCUCCAAGAAAUAUAUCGUAAGGGGUUGAUUCCUACUAAUUUUACUUACAAUAUUCUUAUAAGAGGUUUGUGCCUGGCGGGGAGACUUCAAACUGCACAAGAGCUUCUUGAUGAGAUGCAUGUGCGUGGCUGUCUUCCAGAUCUUAUAACUUAUAAUACGUUGUUGGAUGGCUUGUGUAGAAAUCAACAUGUUAAGGAGGCUGCGACAUUGUUUCAAGCAAUGCAAGGUAGCAAGUUGAAUCCUGAUAUCAUUACUUCCAAUAUUUUCAUUGAUGGCUUGUGCAACGCUGGGAAAGUUGGUGUUGCAAAGGAUAUCUUUUGCAGUCUCUCUACCGAAAGGAUACAACCUGAUGUCCAAACUCAUAACAUAAUGAUUAAUGGACUUUGUAAAGAAGGGUUACUUGGUGAAGCAGAUAACUUGUUCAAGGAAAUGGGAAAAUAUGGAUUGUCAUCCGAUGAAUGUUGAUAUGAAUGCUGAAUGGGUUCAGAUAUGACUUGAAGAUUGAUUCAAGCAACUAAUAUGCUGGUGUUGCAGCAAACCACAGAGAAUUGAUCAAAACCUAGUGGAAAAAUAUGGAUCAGCAAUGUUUGAUGGGCUUUCAACUCGGAGGUAUAGGUAUAGCCAGAGAAAUUUGUGAUUUUUGCUUGAUCCUUUUUUUGGGUGUAUCAAUGAGAUUGUGGCUCAAACUGACCAUUGAGAAUGGUGUGAAUAUCAUCAUAAUGUUGGUCCGAUUCCUCCCUGUCUUCUCCACUAGAAAUCAAAAUCUUUCUUUCUUCUCCA